CCGUGUUAGCACCUCUGGUGGUCAGUUUAGCAAAAAAAAAAGAUGUAAACUCGACAAAAUCUCUUCAGUGGCCAGUGUAAGAACUAACAAUAUAAACAUCGUUCAUAUUUUUAGUUUGAUUGUUAAAUAAUAUAGCCUUUUUGUUGCAAUGAGUGAUUGUGGUGAUGAUAUCGACGAUGACAUCCGAACUCUUGUUGCUGAAUCAAUGGAUCUGGCAGAUGAGUACAUUGCCGUAACUGUCCUGGAAGAAUUGGUCAAAACUAAAAACUCAGUCUUGAAAGACCUGGAAAGUGAUUUGGAAAUCUACGCACGUCAAAUUUCCAACUAUACUAACCGAUUGCAACGAUUAGAAUUAUUGGAGCAGGGAGUACUUCAUCGUUUGAAUGCCUGCAGUGCUCUUACAAAAGAGUUCGAUCAACUAACAGAUAUUUAUGAGGCUAAAGUCGCCCAAUUAAAAGUUCUUCUAGACAAAGGUAUAACUUUCGAGUGUUCCAAGUUACUAGCAAAGGAUGUUUUCCAAAAGCUUCAUGGAUUUAGUAGCGAGCUCGACUGUCUUCAGCAGAAACUGGAAAGUACUACGGAUCUUAUUAACAAAAAUGAAAACCAGGGCGUGGUACAAACGCUGACUCAUUUGAAGCGUAAAACUUCCAAAGUAAUGCAGGAUAUGGAAAGCUUUCUAGGACUAAACAGUAUGCACAAGCAGACGGUGAUCGGUUUUUCUAACAGAAUCUAUUACGACGAGCAGAAGAUGGAUGCGAUGAUGUAGAUAACUAUUUCCUAAAUACAAUAUUUAUGUUUUCAUUCUUUGUGACUGUAAUGUUAAUCAUCAUGAAUACAAAAUUUUGAUACGAA